UCAAAAUUCAUCAAUCGUAGUUUUAGGUUCGACAGUGUAUUAGCUUCGCUAAAUUUUUUGUGUCAAAAUGUCUUCGAAUUAUUGGAAUACUAACAACACGUUGGCGCGUCAAAACGAUCCUUCGGUGCCAGAAGUUAUUGGAGAUAUAACAACAUUUCUUAUGAUCGCCCAUAUUCUCGGACUCAUCAUAUUCCUGCUGACAACGACAAAAUUUUUCGUCUUCGUAGUGACCAUUUUACGAAAUACUCCCAAACCAUUCAUCUCCCGCACGAUAUUCCUCUGCGGAUUUUAUAGCAUUCUAUCGGCUAGUGCCUAUACAUCGAUGAUGGUUCCAAGAGCGUUUCUCUUUUGUGAUGGUGUAACGCUGGUAACGUUCGGUAUCGCUGUGUACGAGUUCUUUUGUCUGUGUGUGGACUAUGGCGGCGGGGAAUCGAACUUUAUUGUGAAAGCCAAAGACGAAACAGUGUUGACCAUGCAAACGUUUCCCUUUUGCUGUUGUUGUUUAUUUUUAAAGCCAAUGAAAAUUACCAAACGCAAGUUCACUGUACUCCGAUUGAUGCAUCUCCAACUUCCUAUUGCUCUGAUGUUAAUAUAUUUCGUCGUACUUGUAAUUCAAAUGGAGGACACGGCUCUCUACCACAGACUCAGCACUUUUAUAUUACCUUUCAUCGGCAUUGCUGCAAUGAUCUCAGCAUGGGCAGCCGAAAUGACGAUGGCAAUGUUCGUUAAGGUACUACCCGGCUUUAACAUUAAACAAAAGCACAUUUCCAUUGCUCUCGUUUUGCUGUUUUGUAAAUUCCAACCAUUAAUUGCUCAGAUUGAGUUCUCCGUAAACGGGGAGUCGUGGCAUCAAUAUCCCAUUACGAAGGGUAUUUUUAGCAAUACGAUUAUACAACUUUUAGUGCUCAUUCAGAUGUUCUUGUUAUCAGUGUGGUCACACAACUCAUACAAGAGUCCUUCGAAAUAUUUUUUAAAAAGUGAAACCAAUAAUGUGUAGAAAGCGAAGACAACACUGAUUUUGAAAGUGUUAAGAACGCCCAUGUAACUUCGUCAUGAGAGUUAACAUUUUGGAAUUUAAAUGAAUUUAAGUAAAGAAUUUACACCGA